AUGUACACAGGCAAGCAGAUCGUCUAUCACGUCCAUCAGAACCCAGACGACGCCCUCACCCCUGAACAAGUCGCCUCCAUCGACUCCCAAAUCUCCGACCUCCAAUCCGCAACCGCAGCCCUCAAUACCACCGCAAAAACCCUCCGCAGCACCCUCGCUUCUCUCAACUCGACGCUCAGCACCUCCGACCUCAUCGCCACCGUUCAAACCCUCGACGCCGAGAAACAAGAGAUGCUCGCCCGCCUCGACAUGCUGAAAGCGGGCAAAGCGAAGAAAGUCACCAAGAAGGAGCGUGAUGAAGUGGAGCGGGGCUGGAAGACUGCGGGACUGGCAAGUAGGAGGAGAGAGAAGAUUGCUAGGGAGAUGUGGAAAAUGAUUGAGGAUGUGGUGGAGGGGACUGAGCAGAGGGAGGAGCUUAGGGAGCAGUUGGGUCUGGAUGAUUAA